AGGCGACUCCAAGUCUCCAAUCAAACGAGGAUCGUCCAAUCUUUUCUCAAUCCUUUUAUAUGUUGACGCCUCCACCCACAACAAGCAUUACCAAUUUCUCUUCAAGAGACAUGAUCAAUGCUCUCAGUUUCAUGAAUAUCUAUCAAGUGCUACUGCUCAUUCUUGUUCUAUUGCAAGCGAUGACUUGCAGUGUCGCGAGUCGACGGCAGUGCUUCGCUUCAUCCUGUGGUGACAUUCGCAAUAUAAGCUCUCCGUUUCGACUGAAAAGUGAUCCGAAGGAAUGUGGUGAAUCGAAGCAUGAGUUGACUUGUGAGGAUAAUCGCACUGUUCUAAAUUUUUAUGAUGGCCAAUAUUAUGUGCAGUCUAUUGAUUAUACCGCUAACCAAAUUAGUUUGGUUGAUGAUGGGCUGCAAAAGGAUAAUUGCUCGUCUCUCCCCCGUCAUUCUUUGUUGUGGCAUGAGUUUCAGUUGCCGCAUGGGUGGGAGGACACCUACUUCUAUAGAAGAAUGCCAUAUGUCACGAGCGGAUUACACACAUUGGUCAUCGUGAACUGCACAAAGUCGGUUAGUUCUCCAUUCUACAUCACUAGUCCAUGCAUUAAGGGGUCAUACCAUUCCGACACAUCAUCAAAUUGGAACUUGUAUGCUUUGGUCAAUCCAAAAGCAUCAGAUGUUUGGGAUUUUUGCACCAUUCACAGUUGGACGUGGGUGUCAUAUUAUUUUGGGAGUAAAGAGCAGAUUAAUAGUAGCUCCUACAACUACGAGCGUAUCCAUAACAUCAUGGCUGAUGGAUUUGUUCUCAACUUUCAUUCUGAUCCAUGGAAGCCAUUUUUCUUUUGCAACUUUGAUAUCUUCGCCAUCUCUGGUGGUCCGAUUUGUGGAUCCAAGUACAACGAGUACACGGGCGGUGUCCUAGAUGAUAUUGCCAUUCGGACAACUUCAGAGUUUAUAUUAUUACUAGUGCAAUUUUGUGCAGUAAAAUUCAUAAUCGGGAUGCCAUUUGCUGCAAUAUUUCUAAUCUACAAGUGCAAAAGAAGACACUUAGCAAUGGACAAGAACAUUGAAGAUUUUUUGCAAGCUCAUAACAACUUUUUGCCCAUAAGGUACUCUUACUCGAAUAUUAAGAAAAUCACUGGGAAUUUUAAGCAUAAACUGGGUGAAGGAGGGUAUGGUUCUGUGUAUGAAGGAAUACUCAAAAGCGGCAACAAAGCGGCAAUCAAGAUUUUAAAGCAAUCUAAGGCCAAUGGCCAAGAUUUUAUCAGUGAAGUGGCUACUAUUGGAAGAAUUCACCAUGUUAAUAUAGUGCAACUCAUUGGCUUUUGCUUUGAAGGCUCAAAACAAGCUCUUGUGUACGAUCUCAUGUCAAAUGGGUCUUUGGAUAAGCACAUUUUCACUAAUGAAGGUGAUAAGUUUCUUGAUUACAAAAAAAUAUAUGAGAUCACACUUGGGGUGGCGAGGGGGAUUGAAUACCUACAUCGUGGAUGUGACAUGCAAAUACUACACUUUGAUAUCAAGCCUCACAAUAUUCUUUUAAACCAAAAUUUCACUCCAAAAAUCUCUGACUUUGGACUAGCGAAACUUUAUCCUACUAAUCAUAGCACAGUCUCAUUGACUGCUGCUAGAGGAACUUUGGGAUAUAUGGCGCCUGAGUUGUUCUAUAAAAACAUUGGCGGUGUAUCUUAUAAAGCAGAUGUCUAUAGCUUUGGGAUGUUGCUCAUGGAAAUGGUAGGUAGAAGGAAGAAUAUAAAUGCAAAUGUGGAACGCUCAAGCCAAAUUUAUUUUCCCUUAUGGGUGUACCAUCAAGUCAAUGAAGGAGAAAGUGUUGGGAUGGAAGAAGUUGUAGAAGAGGAAAGGGAGAAUAAAAAGAUGAUAAUUGUUGCACUUUGGUGUAUACAAUUAAACCCUGACCAUCGGCCUUCGAUGAGCAAAGUCCUAGAAAUGCUUGAAGGAGAUAUUGGGAAAUUUCAAAUGCCUCCGAAACCACUUAUUUACCCACCAGAUGAGGCAAUCAACAAUGACAAAGCCGAGAUGGAACUAGAAACAUUCUCAAUUUCAUCCACCACUCAGAUAAUUUCCGCUAGUUUUCCUUUUGGAGAUGGCAAUGAUGUUUAAAGGCUCAUGCAUAGUUUGAUUGGAAAAGCUUUGUGUAUUUGUUACAUGUCCCAACAAUCUAGUAUUAUGUUGGGAGGAACUUGGGCUAGUUUGGCUUGACAGUGAACACUUUCGAGAUUGUCUUUUCCUAGCUUUUAGGUUAAUGUUGUGUUAUUGUUUUUCA